AUGCGGAUUCGUAGCUCGAGGAUUGUCGGAGGAAUCGAAAUGCGAACAAGAGUCUCCUCGUUAAGUGCGGUGGGAUUGGGAUUGGGUUGUCGAAAGCGAUCUCUUUUGAUAUGCAACUCCGCUGCUAACGCGAAGUGCAGUGAAAGUCAAGGUCAAACACAGACAGUUACUCGGGAGUCUCCGACAAUAACACAAGCUCCUGUCCACUCUAAGGAGAAAUCACCAAGCUUGGAUGAUGGAGGAGACGGGUUCCCACCGAGAGAUGAUGGAGAUGGAGGUGGAGGAGGAGGUGGUGGAGGCAACUGGUCUGGUGGCUUCUUCUUCUUUGGUUUUCUCGCCUUCUUGGGUUUAUUGAAGGAUAAAGAGGGUGAGGAGGAUUAUCGAGGGAGCAGAAGACGAUGA